AUGGCGACCAACGGCGAUAGCCCCGAGACCGCUGCUGCAGACACUUCCCGUGACCCCUCUGGCUUCCUCAGCGAGAUCAUCGGCGCACCAGUGACGGUGAAGCUGAACUCGGGUAUAGUCUACAAGGGUGAUCUUCAGUCGGUUGAUGGGUACAUGAACAUCGCGCUUGAGCGGUGCAAGGAGUGGUCCGAUGGCAAGCUCGUCCGAAGCUGGGGCGAUGCUUUCGUCCGAGGCAACAACGUCACAUACAUCUCUUCCGAUAACGCAUAG